GGGAGAGAGAAAAUAUAAAAUAAUUAUUAUCACGUCAACAUAGUCAAAGGUAUUUAUAUUACCGACCAGUUGGGAUGAUCAUACAGUUCUCUGGUAAACUCCGAAGGAAAGAUGAAGCUCGCUUUGAUAAUUCCUAUCGUUUUCGUGCUCCUUCAAUUGGCGACAUGUCAAGACAAUGAUAAUGCCAAUGAAUCUAAUGACGACAUGUCGGGUCCUCCUCAUAAAGUAGGAGGACGUAGACAUUGCCAUGGUCCUCCUCCUCCUGGUAGGAGACCAUCUGGUCCACCACCCGACGAUGAUUUUGAUGACGAUAACAACAAUCAAAAUAACACGAGAAAGAGAUCGGUUAAUCGUAGAAAUGCACCUAGUAUGAACGAAGAUGAUACGCAAAGUGGUAUGCAAGGUGGUAUGCAAGGCGGUAUGCAAGGUGGUAUGCAAGGAGGUAUGGGAGGUACGGGAGCGGAUAUGGGAGGGGAUAUGGGAAGUGGUAUGCAAAGCAGUAGACAAAAUGGUUCACCUAGCAGAAACCGCAAACGAGAUACAGGAGAGAUCCGAAGUUUCUAUCGAUUUGAAAACAAUAGAGCUUUCAGGAAGAGAAGAACUACUAUACCGAAUAAUAUUAUAGAACAACCCCAGGAAUAUUAAACGAUCAAGAGAGAAUUGAUUGGCGUAAUUUUAUGACGCAAAAUAUAAAAUAGUUUUAGAAUCAUAGAAAAUUUUGUAGAAGUUAUUGUGUUAAUCAUUAAAAAUGAUUAUUAAAAAAUCAUAAGAAUAAAGAAUAUUUUACUGUUUAA